CUUGGACUCCCGUGGAGGCCGGGGCUAAUUAGAAGACAGACAUGGCUGGAAGGCUGUGGUCUAAAGCCAUUUUUGCUGGCUAUAAACGGGGUCUCCGAAACCAAAGGGAACACACAGCUCUUCUUAAAAUUCAAGGUGUUUACGCUCGGGAUGAAACUGAAUUCUAUCUGGGCAAGCGAUGUACUUAUGUGUACAAAGCAAAGAACAACACUGUAACUCCUGGUGGCAAACCUAACAAAACCAGAGUGAUCUGGGGAAAGGUAACUCGUGCCCAUGGAAACAGUGGCAUGGUUCGAGCCAAAUUCCGAAGCAACCUUCCUGCUAAGGCAAUCGGUCAUAGAAUCCGUGUAAUGCUGUACCCCUCAAGGAUUUAAGCUUACUGAAAAGUAAAUAAAUAAAGUGUAGAUACUUUUCUUGGUUUUUCUUAAUGUCUUCAAAAAUGCAUUUGUACUUCAUUAUAUGUUUAAAACACUAGUUUGUUACCAAAGAACAUCAGAAUUACAUGUCAUGGUCAUUACAGAGAUCAAUUGAUAAUAAAUUGAUGCUGGCACCUGUAAAAAAAAAAAAA